UGCCAAAUGACGCGCGUUGGCGAAAAGUGCGCUGUGCACGAGUAAAGUGAAGUGAAAUUAGAAAUAUAAUAAAUAAAAGCAAAUGCCGGGAUUUAUUAAAUAGCUUGGUGUCUCAUAUAUGUGCAAGUGAUUACUGAAGUUAAUGUAGAAUCGGUUGAAUUGGUGCCUGGCUUUAAAUAUUACAUAUUACUUGACGGCCUAGCGCGUUGCGCUUACAAUAAUGAACGCCGAAUCGGAUGAUCUGGAGGACACUCACCUGUGCAUUAAAUGCAAUGCGACCAUUGUUGGUCUGAGCAAAUACAUUGAGCACCGCAAGCGGAAUUGCUUAGGCAUAGUUGGAAAUGAUCGUGUGGCGAAGCAAGUGGUGGCUCCGACCACGACGACGACUACGACUCGUACCGAGCACGUGGCGUCGUCCACGAUCAUGAGUCGCUCCAACUUGGCGCACAGCUAUGACGGCUUCCACUUUGCGGAGCCGGAAGCGCCGAGCAGUUACCUGCGCAAGACGACCGCCAGCCAUGGCGGAAAGACGUCCAAGUCCCUGACAGAGACCUAUGAUCCGACUUAUGAGCUGGGCGCCGAUUUGUUUUUUUCUUCGCUGCAGCUGCAAAGCGUCUCAACGGGAGGCAAGACAGGCGCACGCCCGGAUCGAGGAGCCAAGGAAGAACAGAGUUGGCACUCGGCCAGCAGCUGUUCAGAUCCAUUGCUGAAGGCGGUGCGGGAACACGAGGAAUCCGACUUCAAGCCGCUCAAAUUCGUGCACUCACCAGAAGCCAGCGAGGAGGAGGAGGAUGAGGAGGAGCCCGAUGACUUUGAUGGGGAAGACGAUGAUGCAGAUCAUGAUCACGAGCACGAUCAUGAGCACGAGCACGAGCACGAUCACGAUGCUGACGAAGAUUACGAUGCGCGGCACUCGCGGCAUUCUCCGCCGACCGUGCCCGCCACGCACACGGGCGGCAAAUGGAAACCGGAACAUCGUCCUCAGUUACGUCACACGCAUCUGGAGCGCAUCUCGCCCAGCUGGGACGAGGCGCCCGAAGAUCCGCACGACCAUCCGCCUGCUGAGCAUACGCAUGGCAAGUGGGUACCGGGCAGCAAGCAGCUGGAGUACCGCGAAAACAUAGAUCUGACCAAGCUGCAGCAGCCGGGCGCCAGCUACUGGUGCAACAUCUGCUGCCGGCGCCUCAAGACGCGACUCAACUACGAGCAGCAUCUGCGCAGCGGCUACCAUCAGCGCCGCGCCGAGGCUGAAUGCCAGCUGGAGCAAGCCAAUCUCGAGGGCGCCAAUCUCACCCUCACCAAGGACUUUGAGCCAGCGCCGGCGGAGCAGCUGCAGCGCCGUCGCCGGCGUCGAGCCAAUCUGCUACGCUGCGAGCUGUGCCGCCAUAGCAUGGCCCGCCAUCUAAUGGGCAAGCACCUGAUCUCACACUAUCACUAUCGACGACUGCAGCAGCAGCAAACACAGCUGCGCCGCCAGAAUUCUCUGCACUCCAUACUAGAGCACAUGGGCAGCAUAGUGCGACAGGCGCCCUUCCAGUGCCUGCCCUGCCGCUUCUAUGCAAACACGGAGCAAUCUUUCCAGGCACAUUGGCGCUCCUCUGCUCAUAUGGAGCUCACCGCACGACUGGGCGGCAGCUUCUGGUGCAGCUACUGCCAGUUUGAGUGCGCGAGCAACGAGGAGAUGUGGCAGCAUCUGGUGGGCAACACGCACAUGGAGGUGCUGUUCGCCAUCAAUCGAUCGGUGCCCGUUUGCAUUGCCCAGCGCCGACAGCUGAGCUGCUCCGUGUGCAGCGCCAGUUUCUUAUACAAUGUGCAGUUGAGGCGUCACUUUGCGACGGAGCACGCCGGAAUCGUGGCCACGGGCAGCGCUUCCGAUGACUAUCAGUGCCGCUUUCGUUGCGGGAUUUGUGGAGCUGCACAGAGAUCGCGAGUGGCGCUGCAGCGGCACGAGAAGCACAAGCAUCGCCUGGCCAAAUACUACUGUGCCGUUUGCCGUCUGGAGUUCGAGACGCCGAUGGAGGCGCGUCGCCAUCGCAGCCUCAUGCAGCACAAGCGGCGUGCAAGUCGCCAGCCCAGCCGCAAAUCUAGCACACAACCGGAGCGCGAGAUAGAGCACAUGCUGCGCGAGGUGCUGGAGGAGCGGCAGCCUGAAAAGCCGACGGCAGCAGCAGCUGCAGCAGUGGCCAGCUCUAAGAGGCGCCGCCUGGUGAGUCAAUGCGCCAGCUGCCAGCUUAGCUUUGACACACCGCAGGCGCUGAUUCAGCAUCGCAGGGAAUCACAUCCCAUGGACAAUCAUGCCUGCCUUAGCUGUGGCCUCAGCUUUCAGUCCGCCCAGGCGCUGGGUCGCCACACACGCAGCUGCCAGCCCGUCGCCUCCAGCUCCACAGCUGCGCCAGCUCCAGCCCAGUCCAAGAACUUUGACUGCGAUCAGUGCAGCUUCAGCGCCCAGUACGAGUCGGAUCUGCUCUAUCAUCGUUUCUUCCAUACACGCGGCUCCUCAAUGGGCAAGGACGAGCUACUGCAAUGCCCGCUCUGUCCCAAACAGUUUCGCAAGCACUCGCUGCGUGCCCAUUUGCGCAAUCACACGGACGAGCGCAUCUUCGAGUGCGCCGAGUGCUUGGCAAAGUUCGCCAGAAGACACAACCUUAAGAAUCACAUGGCCACCAUGCAUGGCGAUCGGGAUCAGACGGCAGCAGCCAAGACAACAGCUAAACGGAAGCCGCCUGUGUCGAAGACGAAAUUUCAGUGUGGCACCUGCGGCAAAAUUCUAGCAAAAAAAUACUCACUUAAACUGCACGAAAUGAGCCACGCUUCGGUGGAACGUCAGUUUCGGUGCCAACACGAGGACUGUUCGUAUGCGGGCCUUACGCCGGAGGCUCUUAAAACCCAUCUAAUAUCUCAUGCCAAGGGCAAUCACAAGUGUGAACACGAAAACUGCAACUAUGUGGGCAAAAGUGAGCUGCACUUGAAGAGGCAUCUCAAGUCGCAUGCAGCCGAGCCAGAGAUGGGCCAGGGUGGCAAAUGGUUCUCGUGCGAUCAGUGCGAGUUCAGGGCGCGCAUCAAGGGUCAUCUGAGCCGUCACAUGCGUCGUCACACCGGGGAGAAGCCCCAUCAGUGCCCCCACUGCGACUUUCAGUGCAGCAGCAUGGACAAUUUACGCAAACAUAUUGUCAAGACGGGCAAACAUCCGGGCAAAUUUAUUUACGAGUGUUCGGCUUGUGCCGACGCCUUCAAGAGCAACAGCUUCAAAGAAUAUCAAAUACAUUUAACAACGCACAAGAAAUCAAUUCCAUAAGGCACUUGGAACUCUUCAGAGCAUGGUAAGCAUUUA